CAAAAGGAAACUAAAAGCAAGGUAAAGUUCACGACAAUGGCGAGUUCAGGAGAGGUAUCGUGGAAGUUAGAGGACCACCCAAAGCUUCCAAAGGGAAAGACCAUCGCCGUCGUCGUUCUCGACGGCUGGGGUGAAUAUAAACCCGAUCAAUACAAUUGUAUCCAUGUUGCCCAAACACCCACCAUGGAUUCCCUCAAACAGGGUGCCCCAGAAAAAUGGAGAUUAAUCAGAGCUCAUGGAACUGCUGUAGGACUUCCAACAGAGGAUGACAUGGGAAACAGUGAAGUUGGUCACAAUGCUCUCGGCGCAGGCCGCAUUUUUGCUCAAGGGGCUAAGCUCGUUGAUUUUGCUCUUGCCUCUGGUAAAAUCUAUGAUGGGGAAGGAUUCAAGUAUAUAAGUAAAUCUUUUGAGAAGGGUACUCUUCACUUGAUUGGAUUACUUAGUGAUGGAGGUGUUCACUCUCGGCUCGAUCAGUUGCAGUUGUUGCUGAAGGGAGCUGGAGAGCGUGGUGCUAAAAGAAUCCGUGUUCACAUCCUCACUGAUGGUCGAGAUGUUUUGGAUGGCUCAAGUGUAGGCUUUGUGGAGACUCUCGAGAGUGACCUCACAAACUUACGUGGGAAAGGUGUUGACGCCCGUAUUGCGUCUGGUGGAGGUCGCAUGUAUGUCACAAUGGACCGCUAUGAGAAUGACUGGGAUGUUGUGAAAAGAGGAUGGGAUGCUCAAGUUCUCGGUGAAGCCCCACACAAAUUUACAAGUGCCGUUGAAGCUGUGAAGAAACUGAGGGAAAAUGCCAAUGACCAAUACUUACCUCCCUUUGUCAUUGUUGACGAGAACAAGGCUGUCGGACCAAUAGUAGAUGGUGAUGCUGUUGUUACUAUUAACUUCCGAGCAGAUCGGAUGGUUAUGCUUGCUAAGGCACUUGAAUAUCAAGAUUUUGACAAAUUUGAUCGUGUACGAUUCCCUAAAAUUCGUUAUGCUGGAAUGCUUCAAUAUGAUGGUGAAUUGAAGCUUCCGAGCCGCUACCUUGUUUCUCCUCCCGAGAUCGAUAGAACAUCUGGUGAAUAUUUGGUGCAUAACAGUAUCCGUACAUUUGCCUGCAGUGAGACCGUAAAAUUUGGCCAUGUCACUUUCUUCUGGAAUGGAAACCGCUCUGGGUGUUUCAAGCCUGAGAUGGAGGAAUAUGUGGAAAUUCCUAGUGAUGUUGGCAUUACAUUCAAUGUUCAACCUAAGAUGAAAGCAUUGGAGAUCGGUGAAAAGGCUAGGGAUGCUAUUCUGAGUGGGAAAUUUGAACAGGUACGUGUGAACAUACCAAACAGUGACAUGGUGGGUCAUACUGGAGAUAUCGAAGCUACGGUUGUGGCAUGCAAGGCUGCUGAUGAUGCUGUCAAGAUGAUCCUCGAUGCUAUCGAGAAAGUUGGAGGAAUAUAUGUUGUGACAGCAGACCACGGCAAUGCCGAAGACAUGGUGAAAAGGAAUAAAUCUGGAGAACCUCUCAAGGACAAGGAGGGAAACCUCCAAAUACUCACCUCCCACACUUGUCAACCAGUGCCUAUUGCGAUUGGAGGUCCGGGAUUGGCACCCGGUGUUAGAUUCCGCAAUGACGUCCCUGAUGGCGGACUUGCGAACGUGGCUGCAACCGUCAUGAAUCUUCAUGGUUAUGUAGCUCCCGACGACUAUGAGCCAACACUCAUCGAAGUUGUCGGGAACUAGGCUCGGCAAUAGAACAUUGCCUACAUUUUUAUAUUCGCACUAUUUUCGCAAGGCCGGUACCCAAACAUCGAUUUGGGAAGAAACAAAGUGGUUUAAAUGUUAUAUUUUGGUAGACAUUUGUGGCUGAGUUUUUUUCCAUUGCUGUACGCUUAAGAAGUGACCUCAUAAUUUUCCCUUUUCAUGGGGCAAAGGA